AUGGAAAAUGAUGGUACCUCUCAAACACAAUGUCUACCAAUCUCACAAGAAAGUACACAUCAACCAAUCCAUAAUGAAAGUGGUAACCAAUCAGUUGAUGCUCCUCUUCCUACACCAAAUGAUAAUAUUGAGGUUGAUAGCCAAACAAUUGUAAGUCGUCAAUCCAGACAUAUAAGUAUUGUAUGGGAUCAUUUUACAAAGGUCAAAGUUGACGGAAAAGAUAAGGCUAAAUGUAAUUAUUGCUCAAAGUUGCUUAAUGAAUCAUCAAAUGAUGGGACGACACAUUUAAAAAAGACAUAUGGAAUCUUGUCCUAA